UAAACGGUGUUAAAGGAAAAGCUUCUUAUUGUCCGCCAUUUUGGAGCGGGUCUUGGGGUUUGGAUAUUUGGAAAAGAAGUGGUAAAUCUGUAGCCAUCCGUCCCCAGUACAGUUGAAAACUUUUUAUCAUCCUUUCAUAAAACAGAAUACAUACGGACGGACCGAGGGAGCAAAGUGUUCCCUGGGUACAGUGCAGCAAAAUACUCAAUGACUUCUCCUCAUCAGCAUGUCUACAGUUCCGGGGCUAUCUACCAAGGGGGAGAAAGGAAAGUCGAAGUAUGUGGCUUUAGAUAUAAAUAAUUUGUACAAAGGAAAGAGUCUUGAAAACCCCAAAACGUCUGCUGCACCCAAACAUGGCUUACAGUCGUUGGGUAAAAUUGCCUCUGGGCGUCGUAUGCCACCUCCAGCUAAUCUACCAAGUCUAAAAAGUGAAAAUAGUGGAAAUAAUCCUAACAUUAGUCUUGUUCCUACUGGUGGUCAAGGAUGGGGUGCUUCUGGGAAAGAAAAAGGGAAAGAAGAAAAUGGUGGGACACAGCAACCAUCACAACACUCACAGUCACCUUCUUUGCCAUCGCAGGGACCUACUUCUCAAAAGCCUACAGUACCAAGUUCAACAACAGGAGCAAACAAAAUGUGGCACAGCGUGACACAAAACCAAGAGGCUGGUGGUCCAGAAAAGACCUUCUUGGGCCAGCAGUCGCCAUUUUUUCCUCAGGAAUUCCCCAAGUUAGCUGGUGGAGAUGUACGAACCGAAGGGAGCCAGCAAUCCAACGUAGAUACCCAGUACGGGCCAGGCCCAAGUCUCAGACCACAAACGGAGGGCAGUUGGGGAAGAGGAACUCAAAAACCACAACAGGUAGGUUCACCAGGAAACCAGCCACAGAGCAGUGGCAGUGGCGUGAACGGUCAGCAGACCAGUCCAGAAGGACAAACACCAACACCGCCACCCCCUCAAAUUCAGCGAGAACCACGUACAUUUCUACCACCUUCACAAGCUUUGCCACCAAACAACAGUGGUGGAAGUAUUGGUGUUGGGAGUGGCGUUCCUGGCCCUAGUAUGGGUGCUCUCCAUCAACCACCACCUCAGUUUAGAGGAAUGCCUCCUUAUAUGUAUAACAGAAACUUUCCUGCUGGUUAUACUCCAAACUAUUCUGGAAUGCCACCAAUGACUAGGCAGCCAUAUCCUUAUCCAGAAAACAGUAGGGUACGACCUCCAGCUCGUCAUUUACCCGAAGAAGAUGCUUAUCAGCGACCAGCAGCAAUCAUUACUGAGAAAGACCUUAAAGGGUUUGAUGAAAUUUUGCAAAAUGAUUCCCAGGAUGGAUGGGCAGCAGCACAAGGAGAAGUUGAUUAUAAUGCUAAGCUGGUUUUUAGUGAUGAUGAAGAUUCAGCACAGCCGUCACAGAAGCAUUCACGUGAUAAGAAAGACCCUAGCUCACUCUCCCGAGAGAGAGACAGAACUGGGAAAAGCUAUGACCAAGAUAAUGAGGCUGACAAGCGUAGAGAUGGUAAGACUAGAGACCAGUCAAAGGAUAGAGAUAUAGAUUGGGAGGAUAGAAGAGAAAGUUACGAAAGAGAUGAAAGAAGAAAACAGUGGCCACAGCGGCAGGGUCGACCUACACCUCCUUUACCGGUAGACUUGCCAUGUCAGUGGCAGACACAGCCUCAACAACGAAUGCCAUUUGACUAUAGGGGUCCUCCACCAAUGCCACCACCUGGAGGUCCAUAUCCUCCUCCUCAUCUCAGAAUGGGACAUCCCCAUCCACCACCACAGCAGCACCCAGGAUUCCCUCCUGGAGCUCCAGGAAGGCAAGGGCCUCGACCUGAUCUGGCAGAUGAUGAUGAAAUUUGGCGCCAAAGGAGACGUCAGCAUUCUGAUGAAAUGAAUAUGGCAGUUGAACGUGCACGUCAGAGACGAGAAGAAGAAGAAAAACGCUAUGAACAAAUUAAACAAGGUGCACAAGAAAAGUUGAAGGCACUAGAAGAUAAAAAGCUGUCUAAGGAAAACAGAGAUACAACAGAACCUGAUGAAAAAGAAAGAUCUAGACACAGCAGUGAAAAUAAGGAAGAAAAGCUCCCUAGUAGAGAUGGGCGUGAAAGAGAGAGAGAUCGUGAUUUUAGAGAGAGACAGAUGGUAGGGUUUCAGGGUUUCAACUUUUCAAGAGAAUUCCAGAAAAAUGUUCCUCCACGUUUUCAAAAGCAGCAAGAACUGCUUAGACAACAACAGUAUUUGAGGCAGCAGCCAGGAGGUCAGGGUUCCUCUUCAUCAACACCUCCAUCUGGACAUGGACCACUACCAAUUCCACCUUCUGUACCCAUGAACUAUGAUCCUCGUUGGGGUGGUAUGCCACCCUCAGCUUAUGUUGGGCAGAUACCAGUUCCUCCCAAGUCUUUGCCACGAUCACGCUCAGACAGUUUAGGCUCUGGAACAGAGAGCUGUGAAGGUGAACAGCGCACACCAGAUUUAGUAGUGCCCCCAUAUGAUAGAGAAAAUAGAGAUGGCCAGUGCUGGACAAGAGAGAGACGACCUAUCAGCCAUCCUCAAGGCCCUUAUGAUAAUUGGCGAGGCCCACCAGUACCUUUCUAUAGUGAUCCUCCUGAUCAUGGAAGAGGGUAUGAUCAACGGCAACCUGAUUUUGAUCGAUCUUCAGAAAAAGAGGAAAGUAGAUAUUCAAGUGAAGAUAGAGAUCAACGGAAAAGAGAUGUUGACAGCCCAGAUCUUCAUUAUAGAGAAAAAGAAAAGAAAACUGCAUAUGAAGAAGAAAAGAAGGAAUUAUCAUUCAAAGAUGAAAUAGGUGAAAAAGACAUUGAAUCGUGGGCCAAUGCAUUUGAAGAAAGCCAGAAGUUACAGGAUCCAUUUGAUGAAUCAAAUGAAGUGGUAAAAUCAAGUCAUACUAUGGAAAGAUGGAACAAAGACAGACCAUCAAGGCCAGAAAGUCGAGAUAGUAGAACCAGUCGGGAUUCGCGAGAAGAAAGAACAGCUUUUUCUCGACAAGGAAGCCAGAGUUCCCAAUCUGACAGAGAACGUAAACUUGGAGAAAGGGAGAAAGAGCAUAAACUAGGAGACAAAGAAAGAAAAAGUGACAGAAAAAGUAGUUUUGAAUGGAAUGAUUCAUCUAAUUCUCAAGACUCAAAACGUCGUGAGUGGCAUUCCCAUCCACCACCAAUCACACAGCAACAACUAGAAAGCAUGAGUCCCCCAAAGAAAAAUUUCACAUCACUGAAGAGGUCUACAUCAACUACCUCUGCUUCUUCCAGUGCAUCAGAAAGAAAAACAGAAUCUCCAAAGGACACUGGCUCUGAGCCUUUGAACAAAAAAGUAGAGGAUGUUGGAAAGGCAACAGUUCAGGAAGAAAAGCCUAGUCAAAAUAUAAUUAACCCUUCUGUACAACAAGAAGAAACAGUUGCUAGCACAAAAAUAACCACUGAGAGAACAAUAGCACAGGUUGUAUCUGGUACAGAUAAAUUAAAAACUGAGAGUAAAAUAGACUUGUCAGUUGAUGACAGACCUAAAAAUGAUUCUAAGGAAAACCAAACACACAAAGAAACAAAAGAGACUGAAAAAUUGGAAUUUGUUGAAAAAACUGAUUCAACUACAAUUCGUCGAGAAAAGGGAGAAAUUUUUGGAGGAGAGAAACGAAGAGAUCGAGGACGUGACCGAGGAAUGGGACCUCGUUCUAAAGGAGGAAAUAGGUUUGACACUGGUAGAGGGCGUGGUAGGGGUGGUUAUGGUGCAGGGGGUCUUAGAGGAAGAAGCAGGGAGUAUCGUCGCUCUUGUGUUGAAAGAGGUCCAAGAUUUGAACGGCAAAAGGAAAAAGAGAGAGCUAAAGAUCCCCCAAAAGAGCAAAAUACUGAAGAAAGCUCUACUUCAGAUGUAGAUGAAAAUAAACCGAGUCGUUUGCGUCAAAAAGAUGAAGAUAGUGAAGUAUCAGUUGAUGAGGUCAGUGCGUCCACAACAGAAAGUGCUACUGUUGAGAAGCAAAAUGUAGAAAGUUCUACAUACUCAAAAACUGUUGCAUCAGGAGGAGCUUUUGAGACAAUAAUAGAUGCAAAAUUUUCUGACAAAACUGACCAAGUCCAACAAGAUCACCGUCAAGGCAGUGCUUCAACUAGACAGACACUUGGAGGCCAUGAAGGAUCUGAUAAGCAAAAAGAACAGUUUCCCAGAGGUGGAUUUGUACCUCGUGGAGAACCCUCAAGACGAGGAAGAGGUGGUGGUGGUGGUAGUGUUUCAUUUCGUAACUCUCAAGGUGUAACAAGAUAUGGACCUAGUAAAUAUGGACCACCACCAUCCAGAGCAGCUUUUGGGUCAGGAAGACAAACAUUUAAAAUGGAUGAGUUUAAGUGUGAAGACUCACAAGUUUGUGAUUUUAAUAAAAAGGAAAAAGAAGCAUCUGGAAAUGAUACACAGAGUUCUUUUGUUAAGGAUAUAUCAGGAAGACCUAAAUCUUCAGAAAGACAGCAGCAGAGGAGAUCAAACAGAAUAGAUAAUCCAGUUCCACCUCGCUUUCAAAAACGACAGGCAAGACACUUUGAAAGUUAUGAUUCCUCUUUUAGAGGCCGUGGACGGGGAGGCAGGUCCCGAGGUGGAUGGUACAGUGGUAACAGAAAUAUCCCUUACAAUAAGGAAAAUUUAUCAGAUGUGCCAAAUGAGGAGUGGGAAACAGCCUCGGAGAGUAGUGAUGUUGGUGAACGAAAAGACAAAAGAAAUGACUCUCGAGAAGAAACCAAAGGAUGGGAUGGAAAAGACAAUGGGGGUAAGAAUCAAAUGGUAAAAAAGAGUUUUUCUAGCCAGCGACCAGGAUAUGAUCGACAAAGUCACAAGUCAGCAUCUGAUGGGAGAAGGAGUAACAGUGGUGCUGAUCAUAACAGAUCAAGAGAUUAUCGAGACAAAGAUCAAAGAAAAGAGUUUGGGAAAUCUAGUGGAAAUGAAAGAAAACAAUCAUCUGGAGGAGGAAAUGUUGGAUGGUCUCCAAACUCUAACACUGUUGGUCAAAUAGGGAGCAACAGGAAUGGUGGACGGGGAGCACAGCAUGGAAAAACUAAUGUUAUUGGCCAAAAAAAUGAUACAACCACAGCUGUCUACAGGGUAGACGAAAUCAAACUGCAAGAUCCCUCAUCUGUGCAGGCAGCAUUAGCAGAAUUAAACAACAGAAAAACUUUUAAGUCAACAGAGAUUAGCUCAUCUCCCAAAAUCAAAGUUGAAAAAGACAAGAUAAAUCCAUUGGAUGGUUAUGACUUGAAUAAUCCUGCCAGUGUUGUAAUCAUCGAUGACCACCCAGAACUGUUUGAAGAUGACACAGCCUUAUUAUGUGAUGCAGAUGACGGUUUUCAAGAGGUUACUUCAAAGAAGCGACAUAAAGUUUUAGUGGACAACGAUAUGAAAAAGAUGAAAAAAGAGCCUCAAAACAAGCUUAAGAAUAGUUCCCAAAAACGACAACACAAACUUCCUCCAAGACUGGCUAAACAAAAAGAAAAUAACAGACUAAAUCUCACUAAAUCAGUAGCUGUUUCUUCUACGUUUAAUGGAGGAAAUCUGGGGGCAUCAACUGAUGGUUCACUGGAAAUUGGAGGAAAUACUGUAAAAUUUCUUGUGAAAGAAGCAACUCCUGCUCCACCACCUCUGGUGAAUGCUUGGGACAAACCUAUCACACAUGCCUUUCGUUCUCAGUCUCCAUGUGUUUCUACUCCUGUCACCAUAGUAAGCAGCAACGGUAUGAUUGGAAAUGUAUCUGGUACAGAUAGCACAUGGGGAAGCAGUUUGAACACUAGUACAAUAACUAGUUCAAUCAAUCCAGCACUACAGGCUCUGACAGUUUGCUCGAAGUCCAGCAGUUUUGAUCGCAGUGAGCAGCAUGACAGUGGCAUAGAGGUUAGUGAUCAACCAGCUUCAGCAGCCUCUUCUCAGCGCUCUUCCCCCAGCAACGACUGUAAAACUCUUGAUUCAAAACCACAAGUGGCAGCUACCAGUGACACAUGUGCUGAAUUGGUAAAUGAUUUCGACAGUGGCAAACGAAUGAGUACAGUGAUAUUUGAAAACAAGAACUUCAAAGCAGAAAAUGCAGUUUUAGACCAGUUUGGAAACUACACAAAAUCCUCAAAUGUAAAGGAAGCUACUUCUGAAAGUGCACCCUUAAUGACAGUUGGCAGUAGUUUAUUAGAAACAAAGGAGGGGUUGGAGGCAGAACAAAACAAAUCUCUCUCACUAGCUGUAACUUGUGUUAAGGCAGAAGAUGGAACAGAUAUGAAACUGGACUUCUCUUUUGAUUCAGAACUUACCCGCUUAACAGAAGGAAAACCAACAAACACUGCCAUUAAUAAAAGUACAACUGUUGGACAUGCUAUUCCAGUCUCUGUUAGCAGUGGCUGUGUUCAGUCUCCCAUUUCUCCUUCCACUGAUGAACUAAAUAUGAAAAUAGCGUCUGUGAAAAAGGUUUGGGAGGUAGUGCCACCAUUGCCCACAUUACUAGAACAUACUCCUUCGGCAAACACUCCGUGUUCAGAUGACAUAUCUUCAGUAAAUACCUCCUCCAGCUUUGCUUCCAUCUCCGGCUCAGUAGAGCAGUCAUUUACAUCAAGUGUAGACAAAUGUCAGCCUAGAGAUAAUCCUAAUGCCACAAUUGAAACUGUGAAAAUAGCAUUCAGAUCUAGCUCUCCAUUACAGCAGAGUCCAUCUGUUCCCGUGUCAAGUAAGACUGCUCUAAGCUGUGACUUGAGUAAUGUUUGUAAAGUUAAACCACAGCAGAUUCAACCCCAGUUGGCUAGUCAGCCUUCUGCUGUUGUUGCCAGUCCUCCACCCAUCAGUGGGUUAGAGACUGCCAUGGCCAGCAUCAGAACUAUAGCAGGACUAGCUAGCUCUGUCCAAGUGGCUGGAAUACCUGCCAUCCCAAGCCCACCAACUGUGCUCUUCAAUUCUUCUCAACAGCUUCCCCAGACAGGAUUAUAUCAACCUUUACAGAUGGAUAGUUCUCAAGUGCUCAGCCAGCAGUCACGGGCAGUGGCGGUGGCAGCAGCAGCAGCCAUGGCUCAGUUCACUCAACCAACUCAUGGAUAUCCUGCAGCAGCUUUAGGAAAUUAUGGUUUAUCUCAUCAAGCAGCCCCAGGGCCACAGCUUUCAAGUGCAUUUGGUCAACAAAGUGUCUUUAUGCAGACACCAGCACCACCUGGUGCCCAUCAAACUGGAGACCUUUAUUCCUCAAACCAGUUCAGAGUUCAACCACCAUACCAGAGUCAGCAUGUGAAUUCAAAUCAGAUGUGUUCUUCUCUUCAACAGGUUCUUAAUGUUAAUGCCCAGCAAAACCUUCAGGCUUCUCAUCUACUUGGAUCACAACUAGUCCAAGCCAGGGCACCCCCUACUGGACUAGGUCUACAGCCUGUUCAGGCUGGCCCAGCCACUUCUUAUUAUUCAUCUACUCCUCAGGCUCAGGCAGGACCCAGCUUUUAUCAGCAGCCAGGAACUGCCAAUCCAGGGUCCUCUCUUCAGCAACAGGCUCAGUUUCCUGGCUUGCAGAGUUUUGGAUCACAGGCAACACUCGGAAUGAUUUCAUCGUCCUCUGCUGUUAGCCAGAAUUUCCGAGGGUUUGGAGGCCACCAGUUCAAAGGAACUUUAGUGAACAAUAUGACUUCAGGAGCUGAAUCAUCAUCUCCAUUACGGUCUAGCUCCCACUCUCCCACUUUAGACACAGUUUCAGUGUCUCUGUGUGGCAUGUUUCCUGGAAACACUCCAGUCUCUGCUGCAGGGGCUGCCACCUUGCAUCCAAAUAAAGUUCUUAAUCAACCAGGAGCCACAGGGAUUAAUAGUGGAGUGAGACUUGGGGCAUCGAUUAUGAAUGAACCUUCUCACUAUGGAGCAACACAGACCAGACAAGCUCCAUACUCGUUUAACCAGCAAAAGUUUGGCCCAACUUCUGCACCAGUGGUUCGACCACCUGUGGUAUUUCCUGUCCGCAACAGUUCACCAUCCACUAAUCCUGGAACUGCUUCUUGUUAUCCAAGUCCAAUUCAACGUCCAGCUAGCCACAUGGCUCCUGCUGUUCAUCUUCAGUCUCAGACCAAAGUUGGUGUACGGAAUCAGUUAUCUAGUGGGAAGCCUGUUUCACAGUUGACAUCGGCCCAGCAAGCUAAACUUCGAGCUGAAGCCGUGCAACAGACACAGAUGUUUUUCACUCAGUCGGCGGGGCCUACCAGUAAGUCGGGCCGAGAAGAAGAUCCCACCAGUAAAAUCUCAGCCGACAACCCUGAGAUAGAGUUAGAUGGUUCCAAGGAAGAAGAAAAGACUGAAAGUUCUGAAACACAGAUUGUAAGCAGUGACAACACUCCUGAUAAUGGAGAAAUCUUAGAAGAGUGAUUUUUCUUACUUAGUGAGCUUUGCACUCCAACUUGAUUGUCCUCUUUACUUUUAUGGCUACUGUGAACUCGUGUGUCUUUCUGAGUUCUUUAUAAACUGGAUGUCUUGAACGUUUAUUGUAACUUGUUCAUUCAAAAGUGAAAGUUUGUAGCCUCAUGCCACUGGGGCAUUAAGAUGAAAUCUUCUUUUUCAUAACCUUUAGGUAAUUAUAGAAAUUUCUUUGUAGAUUCUAUUUAAUUUCAGCACAGUGAGAUGAUUUGUGGCAUAACCAGCUCCAACCAACAUGUCCGUGAACUGAUCAGAGACUCAAGCUGCACAUUUACCCAGGGAUUACAGUAUGGCAGGGGUAGGGAAUCUGGUGACAGAUCUCUGUCAGGUGAAGGGAUGUUACCAUUCUGUGGACCAAAAUGGCUAAUGGACAUUACCCCUUGUAUUGUGAAUGUUUCUUUAUGGUUUUAAGUUUAUCUUUAAGGUGACAUUGUAUGUCUUUCACGUUUAAAGUCAGUUAUGUAGAGAGAGGAUCAAACAUUACCCAUUUUGUGCCUGAGCUUCCCCCCCCCCUUUCAGAUUUGUAUUGCACUUUUUUUUUUUGUCAUAUAGUUGAUUACCAGAAAAUUAUGCGAAACAACAAGAGCACUCAAGCCCCAGUGCUUCUUGUACUGCAUAUGUAGGUUACUGAGAAACUUGGGUGUGGCAUAUUAAUCUUCUACCUAGUAGGGCUUAAGGCUUUGUCUCUAUUGUUUUGAAUGAUUGUAGCAAGGGACUGAUAACCCUUUGCCCAGACUUGUUUUUACAAGUAUAUGUUGUACCUAAAUCAACAGUUUCAAUCUGGCAUUUUAUACAAGUGUCGUAAAUUACCCUAUGUAGUGUAGGCUUGCCACACAAAAAAAAGUGAGCAUGCAGGCACUGGUCCUCUCUGUCUUUACUUGAUGGGGUCAAAUGAUACACAAUUCUGUAAAGUAAGGUUUGGCCCAACUACUAAUAUAUGUAGUUGAUUUUUGCUGCAAUAAAGCACUGUAAUUAAUGAGGAUUGUCUUGUGCAGUGAAUAUUUAUGGCCAGUUGUUGUGCGUAUAUGUAUUUCUAGGUAAAUUAAGGAAUUCCUAAAUUUCAAGAGAAAACUGUAUUUGUACUACAACUAGCUAGUUAUUCUUUCUUCAUCUUUUGAGCAUAGAUUUUGUGAAAGCCUUUUUUUCCAGUCUUCAAAUUUUUCAUUCACAUGUUUCAGUCUAGAAAUUCUGUAAAAGAUCAUUUCACACAAGUAAAACUUGUCAUUUUUGAAAA